GUUGCAGUAGUCCCUAACAAUCAAUCAAUGAACAAACUUCCAAAGGUGGAAGGUCUUCUUUCCUAUCUUUCUGAUAAGAAGAAGCUGUAUAUCAAAGAAAAAUCUCAGUGGACAGCAUUGGCAAAUCAGAAAGAAGUACGUUUUACCUCCAGUUUUGCUGCGGAUAUUACUUUUCAAAAUGUAAAUGUAAAAUUUCCCUCCCCGCCUCAACUCCCGAUAUUUUAA